AUGGCCUCACAGAACACAUACACUGGUGUAUUCCAGGCCCUGUUCACAGUGGGUCCUGUGACUUCACAACAGAGAUGGAGAUUCACAUGCUAUGGCUAUUACCUGAACAACUUACAGCUGUGGUCACUACCCAGUAAUAGCCUAGAACUCCUGGUCUCAGGGACCCUCCACAAACCCACCAUCUGGGCUGAGCCAGGCACUCUGAUCACAUUAGAGAGUCCUGUCACCAUCUGGUGUGAGGGGACCAGAGAAACCCAAAUAUACGUGCUACAUAAAGAGGGAAACCUAGAACCCUGGGACAGACAGACCCAAAAGGAUCUCAACAAUAAGGCAAAAUUCACUAUCCCUUCCGUGACAAAAAUGCAUGCAGGGAAAUAUCACUGUUACUGUUACAACUCUGCUGGGUGGUCACAAAACAGUGACACCUUGGAGUUGGUGGUGACAGGAGUCUAUCCAAGCAAAGUCUCCUUGUCAGCCCAGCAUAGCUCUGUGGUGACCACAGGAGGGUAUGUGACCAUUAAGUGUUUCUCACAGCAUGGAUAUAACAGGUUCAUUCUAAUUAUGGAAGAUGAGAAAUUCUCCAGGAACAUGGACUCACAGUAUACAUACUACAGGGACUUCUGGGCGCUGUUCACUGUGGGUCCUGUGAAUCCCCAAAAGAGAUGGAUUUUCACAUGCUAUGGCUAUUACUGGAACAGCCCCCAGCUGUGGUCAGUACCAAGUAACCAUCUAGAGCUCCUAAUCUCAGGGACCCUCCACAAACCCACCAUUUGGGCUGAGCCAGGCACUCUGAUCACCUUAGGGAGUACUGUCACCAUCUGGUGUGAGGGGACCAGAGACACCCAAAUGUAUGUGCUACAUAAAGAGGGAAACCUAGAACCUGGGGACAGACCAACCCAAAAGAAUGACAAGAAUAAGGCAAAAUUCACCAUCCCGUCUAUGACAACACUGCAUGCAGGGAAAUAUCACUGUUACUCCUACAACUCUGCAGGGUGGUCAGAGCACAGUGAUACCCUAGAGCUAGUGGUGACAGGAGUCUCCAUCAAACCCAGACUGACAGACCUGAACAGCCCUGUUGUAACCAUAGGACAGUCUGUGACCCUCUCAUGUACCUCAAAUCAGAGAUACAAUGGGUUCAGUUUAAUUAAGAACAAUCAGAAGUUUUCCAGCUCCAUGGGCUCACAGAAUGCACGUACUGGGCUGUCUUCUGCCAGGUUCCAAGUGCGUCUCAUGACCUCCAGCCAAAGAUGGAGGCUCAGAUGCUAUGGCUAUAACACAAGCAACCCUCAAGUGUGGUCAGAAGGGAGUGACAUCCUGGAGAUUCUAGUCUCAGGGACGCUCCAGAAACCCAGCAUCUGGGCUGAGCCAGGCUCUGUGAUCACCUCAGGGAAUCCUGUGACAAUCUGGUGUGAGGGGACAAUGGAAACGCAAAUAUAUUUCCUGUAUAAAGAAGGAAGCCCAGCACCCUGGGGCAGAUUGACUGCACCAGUGCCUGAUCACAAGGCCAAGUUUAUUAUCCCAUUCAUGGGAGAAAAUAAUGCAGGACAAUAUCGUUGUUACUGUUAUAACUCUGCUGGGUGGACACAGCACAGUGACUUCCUGGAGCUGGUGGUGACAGGAACUGAUGAGAACAUCACUGUAUCACAAAACAUGUCCAAACCAAAGACAGCUGUAGACAGGAUCAACACAGAAAUGGACUAUGAAUGGGAAGUACAGCAGCACAUACUUUGCAGCGUCAUGGACUAG